UCUGUAAUUCCUGACACACCUCUUAUGGAAAGGACUUUUCUGCUUUCUUCGUGUAAAAAUUUACUGAAACAAACGGGCUGACUCCAAAAAGAGGCCGGUGUGAGUUUUCACGUGUUCUGAGUAUUGCCCUGCUGGCCUGCAUCUUUAACACAGGUGGCCCACCAGUUGCCUCUCGCAGCCGUCACUUCUUGUGCGAGGCUGCGUUGCUUUUGGGGGAUAAUAGAAGAUGUACCCAGCUUGCAGAAACAUCGUGAGAUAAUUGAAAAUAAACACCAAUUUCCAUCCUAAACCAGUAAGGACAAUCCGAUUUCCAAAGCGUUUUACGAACUUCUCCAAAGUUCAUUUUACAAACGGCCCAAGCAGAGUAUUGGUGCUAACCCACAGCAAUAACUUUGCACUGAGAGUACACACGUACAUACCUGAGAAAUAAAGGAGGCAGAACACAUCUGAGAGUUUGCUUGAUGCAAAACUAACAGGGUUUUCUAAAGCGUGUGAUUUUGUUAAUAACGUACCUGCCUUGCUGUUUUAAGGACAGUGAUGGAUGGUUCGUAUCUCGUGAUUACGUUAAAGUGUUUGUUUGGACUUGAGGACUGCAGAGGUAGCACAUACCCACUACCGGGCAGAUAUAUUUUCUGAGAAUUGUUAUUGACUUCUGCUUCCUUCUCCCAUCGCAUUUAGUCCCUAGUCAAGCUGGAUUGACUAGAUGUAGCAAUGCUUGGUGCUGGCACAGCUGGGAAAUUUGGAGCCCUGCGGAGCAUUCUGCCAGCCUGCAGUGGGGGGUCUGGUUUGGCUUGGUUUUCAUCCACACCUUUUUUCAGCUAUAACAGCUCUGCUGCAUAAGGAUGAUUCCCAGAGACUUCUGGAAAGCUUCAACUCUGAUGAAAAAGAGCACACGCUCACGAAAAGUAAAGCAGAACCCUAUACAUCAGAAGAGGAAAUGGUGCUGGAGGAAAGUGAGUCUCCUCUGAACAGUAAUGUCACUGCAUUUGCAUUGAAGGCAAAAGUGAUCUAUCCCAUCAACCAGAAAUUUAGGCCUUUGGCAGAUGGCUCAUCCAAUCCAUCUUUGCAUGAGAAUCCAAAGCAGGCCGUUCUGCCUAAUCAGGUCAUGGAGACAUCUACGUCAGGCAGCCUGGGAUCCUUGAGCCAGGGAGACAAAGAGGACUGCAGUUCCUCCACAACAAUACAUUCCACAACAAGUGAUGAUAGAUUUCAGGCUCGAGCCUUCCUCAAGGUGACCAGCUUCCCUGAAGUGCUAAUGUGUGAGAGUUUUGAUGUUAAGCUCUGCCUUUGCAGCCUUAUUUUAAAAGAUCUCAUGCUUCUUGAUACUGAACUCAGAAAAGAAAAACAUGUGAUGUUUAGUCAGGUUCUCAAAAUACACCUCACAGCCUUUUAUCAUAAAAAGAAGAUUACUGAUGAUUUGUUCAAGAAGAUCCUUUUAAUUCAGGAAAAUGAUUUUGAAGAAUUACAGAAACAACUUGACUGUAGACUCCAGAAUACUGAGAUGUCAGGAGCCCAUAAUUCAGAGUACCAGACUCUAGAAGACUUAGAAAGGAAAGAAAGGGAAUAUUCUGAGCACGUAAUAGAUAAUAUGGAAGCUUUCUGGAAGCAGACUGACAAAGCCCAGCAGGCUUUUUUGGACCAAUCAAAAUGCUCAAGUGCCAAAGCAACAAAGAUAAUGAUGGAUCUGACCGAGAAGAUGAUUGCAGUAGAAAGCUUAUUAAGUGAAUCUCAAGAUUUGCAGGCAAUGGACAUUCAGGAAAGGUUAUUCAAUUGGGAGCUUGUGGUGAAAAUGAUCGAUUCACUGAAGUCCUAUAUACCAGAAGAGUGCAAGUGUAGAUUAAAUAUUGUAUCAAAUAUUCUGGACAAUUUAACUGUAAAGAAUAAUCUCUCAGUCCGACAAAAGGAAGAACUUUUAACGGAUCUGCACAAGGCCUUCUGGGAACAACUGGCACACUUCAGUAAUGAAUGUAUCCAGCAAAGUAAAGAUCUGAUCUUGAAACGACUGGAGUGCCGUGCAAAGAAGAGAGAAGAGUUCAAACAAAGACAGAAAGCUGAACAAGGGAGUCUCCUCAGUAAAACUUUUCAUAAUGAAGAUGUUCAUGAUUUUCUUAAGGCUUACCAUGAGCUGUUAGAGAAACAUCGGCAAGCACAGUGGGAACUGGAGGAGGAGGAUGACUGUGAGAGCACAGAGGCUGUUGCAGAUCUCUACAAGGAGCUGUACUCUAAAGCUUCCCUUGCUUUAGCGGAGUUGGUGACGGAGCUGUUUCUUCAGACCCUGCCUGUUGUGACCGGCCUCUCUGUAAGAGAAUGUGAGCUUCUGAAAGAGGAAUGGCAGGAGAAUUUGGUCCCUCAGCUGGAGAAAUGGGAGGCCCACCGCCAGAGACGCUGGAAGCUUUUCCAGGAACAGCUAUUGCAAGAAAAAAAACUAUGGAUAAAGGAAUAUGCUCUGUCUGCUGUGAUGCAAAUGCACCUGUCUGAGAAACAAGAGAAGAUAAUUCAAGGUGUCGUAAGCAGACUAGGAUGCCUCAGUGAUGAGUCUGUAAACUAUAUAUUGCAAAAACACCGACUUCUGCUGUGUCCAGUACUCAGAAGGUUAACCCUCCGAAGAGUUGGAAUGGCAGUCCUGGCCCGCAUGAGACUGUCCAGAAAGAAGAGCUUGCUUCAGGAACUGAGAGCGCAACAUACCCUGCAGGAGGGGUACUCCCCCUGCCAAGAUGAGGACCAGUGGCAGUUACAGAAGGCAGUGGAGUCCCACAUUCUGGAAGAGGAAGAGAAGCUCAAGGAAGAAACGCAGCAAACCCAUUUAGAAUUUCACCAGCAGCUAGUCACAGAAAUCCAAGAAGCUCUUCAGUUUCUUCAGCAGCACAUGGAACAGGUGAUUGGGCAGACAUUGCUGCAGCAUGCCCGAUGGGAAGCUGGAAAAAAGAGUUCAGAUGAUGGACAGGACUUCAAGGAGAGACUGGUAGAAGCUGCUGUAGAAAGUGUGUAUGGGACCAGCAAUAAUAUCAACAGACUGGUGCAAAACUACUAUCAGCAAUUAGGAAAAAUCACAGAAGACUAUGAAGGGAAAAAACUUCAACAAUUGAAAUCCUUACAAGCAGAAAGAGGUGAAAGGAACAGACUUAGGAAGAAACAAGAGAAUGAACUGGCACUGAAAGAAAAACAGACCAAAGGCCUCCUGAACGUAUCAUCCGCAGUCCAUCAAAGGAUGGUGCUGCAGCAAAAGAAGGUUCUGGCUCAGUUUGAACUGCAGCAGCAAAUUCGUCUCGAGUCUCUGAAACAGAAACUGCUGGGAUUACAUCACCUAGAAACUGAGUUGGAGAAUCAGCUAAGGGAAGCAGAGCAGGACUUUGUGAGCGAGUUGGCUGCACUGGCCCGAGUUCCAGUGGCUGUGAAGAAGAAGCCUUCCAAAAGGAGCAAGCCAGCGGGGGAAAAAACAAACUCAAAAAGAAAGACCUUUCAGUUACCAGAAUCAGCAGACAAAGAUGAUUCUCAAGAAAAUAUUCAAGAGCCCCCUGGACUGUCUUCUGGCUUAUGCAGAGAGAGGUUACAGAGUCCACAGGAAGGGGAGACUGAACCAAGGAAAAACUCAAAGUUGCUAAAAAAAAGAGGCAACAGGUAGUAAAAGCAUUUCUAUGGCUGUCUGAACAAAGGGUACCAAAGCAUUCUUCUGGGAAAUCUCGGCAGCAGUAAGUAAACACUUACUGAGCUGCUUUACUGAGGAACAACGAAGAACAUCAAUAAUAACCGAGAAAUCUUCUUUAGCUACAGACCAAGAAUCAAUCCCGGCUUUCUUUAGCUGUUAAUAAAACAUUCCCACUUGGUUUGGUAAGGGGAAACAAGGAAUUCUUUAAUAUAAGCUCUUCCAGAUCACUUGGGGAAUGUGGAGGAGAGAUAAUUUUAGAUUAGGAAUAUACCUAAGGAAAGUGUGCUUGUAGGAGAACAGAUCCACACCAGGCUGGUUGCCCAGGUCGGUGUAUCUCAGUAAGGUUUCUUUACAAUAGUGAAGUACCAUUUGCUUUUGAGCCCUGAAUGUGGUAGAUCGGGUCUUAAUAUUUUGUGACUGCUGCUUUGGACUAACAAAAAUAGAUAGAAAUGUAAAGAAUACAUAAACAGACUUCAGAUGGUAUUGGUACGUCAAAGGAUCACAUUUGGUCUCUCUUUUGUUGUAACUUAGUGCUUCCAAGGCUAGGUAUGCUUUUUUAAAUUUGUACAAAGAUUUUUAUAAAUGUAUUUCUCUGCGUUUGUCUCAGAUUUCAAAUUAUUAUUUUUAGGAAGAGUGAGGCAAAAACAGUUUACUGUUUUGUUUUUUAUACUUCAGUUUCUAGUCUUCUUCCUUCAGUACACUCUUUUGAUUCCAACAUACUUUGUUAGGCUCAUUAUGUUUCCUGUGGGAAUUCUUCUUGUUAUGCAAAGCAGCUAAUUCUUACUGGCUGUACAGAGCACCUGUAUUGUGUAAUAAAUUGCCCCACUUAAGCAA